AUGUUCUUGAACGCAGCUUCUCCCCGGAGGUCGUUCAACAUCCCCAUUAACAUCAACCUGCAGGGUGCUCGCAGGCGGCAGACACGGGACCUCCUCCACACCUCCUCCGCAAUGCAGGAGCAGGAGUGGAGCCGAGGGGUGGAUGGACGUGGAGGGCAGAGAGUUCGGUCCCAGAUGCCGGGGUCGAGUGUCGGGGAGGACAGAGCCAUCCUGCUGGGCUUCGCCAUGAUGGCCUUCUCCGUGCUCAUGUUCUUUGUGGUCGGCAUCACUAUGGUCAAACCCUUUGUCAACAGUGACUGGGUGGAGGAGGCCAGCUGUGUGCUGAUGCAGGCCGACAUCCUUACAGAGUGGGUGGACUGCAGAGGUGUGAGCACCGUGCCGUGCCUCAGGGUGAUGGUUAACCUCACGGGCUCCAAUCAAAGUGCUUUUCUACACUUCGACGAAGAUUCGGUCCUGCUUGCUCCUGAGUGUUUCUACAUACCCAAAUGUCAGAUGGACAUUACGGAUCUUCAAGCUGAAGUCCACAGAGUGAAACAGAUGUUGGACGCUCAGCAGGGGACCACGUCAUCGUGCUUCAUCGACCGCACAGGACACCCCGGGGAAGUGAUCUUGAGCAGGAAGUACACGCUGGAGAAGGCCCUGUUUGCUCUGCUGUGGCCCUGUCUGAUGCUGGGCGGUGGAACUCUGCUGGUGGGCCUGGUGAAGCUGACACAGUACCUGGCUCAUCUGUCCGCUGAGGUGUGCAGUAGAGCUGCGGGGGGCUGCCUGACGUCAAGAUACACCCAGGGCAAAUUGUACAGACUCCUACGGAGGUCCAGCCUGCAGUCGCCAUCUUGACACAGUUGGUGUUUACGCUGCCAUAACUGUAACAAGCCAAAAGAGAGAUGAACAGAUUACAUUAGCCCACAGCAACCAGUUUGUGGGAAAAAAACUUGAAUUCUUUGAUUUGGCUACAGAAGACUGUAAUAAUAAGACUGUAAUGACCCCAUGGUCGAGGACUUCCCUUUCUGCCACAAGUUUCUUAAUUUUAGAGGUGUGGUCGAGGACUAGAACAUUUACGUGUGUAUGAUGUGCCUGAAAGGGGGGGAGGGGGGGAUAAUACCUUUGCCUGGGCCCCCGAAGUGCCCUGAAACACUCCUUCUUGCCAGACCUCUGUCGCCCCCACCUCAUCUUUAGUCGCCAGGCCACAAAAGCUGCAACACACCCAAACCUGUGGCUGAACUGUAAAGAGCAUCUCCUACAUGUUUUAUACGCACUGCUGCAGUUUGCAUUGAGGAG